AUGGGUGGCCCCCCAGCGGUACCUUUUGGGGGGCCCCCCCCCGGGGGCCCCACGGGGGGCCCCCUUGCUGUACCCUCUGGGGGCCCCCCUGGUGGACAUUUAGGGGCCGCCCGUUUGCCGCUGCUGCUGUUCGUUGUGACUCCUGCUGCUGCUGCUGAGGCUGCGGACAUGGGGGGGCCCCUGCUGCUGCAGCAGGUGGCGCAGCAGCUGCUGCAGCAGCUCGGGACCGUGCACCCGGAAGGCGACAGCAGCAACAGCAGCAGCAGCAGCAACAGCAGCAGCAGCAGCAACCCGCGCUGGCGUUGCUGCAUAAAGACCAAGUAUUACACUUCACAAAUUAGAGCUGUGCUGCAGCAGCAGCAGCAGCAGCAGCAGCAGCGAGGCCAUGGCGGAGCUGAGGGCCUGCAGCAAGUUGCUGACAGCAGCAGCAGCAGCAGCAGCAACAGCGCAGCAAAUAACAUAAGUGAGACUCUGCUCGAGGCUGUUGUAUUUAUUUGUGCUGCUGACGAAUACAAGAGAAUCAAAAAAGACAAAGCAGCAGCAGCAGCAGCAGCAGCAGCAGCAGCAAGGGAAACAAAUGCGGAGACACACCUACAGCCCCCCGAGUUCAUGAGGACAAAUCCUUUAGGCAAUCAGCAGCAGCAGCAACAGCAACCGCAGCAGCAGCAGCAGCAGCAGCAGCAGCAGCGACAGCAGCAGCUGCAGCAGCAGCAGCAGCAGCAGCAACUGCAGCAAAUAGAAGCAGCGGAGGAUUGGUGGGUGAGCGGAGUCCCUCUGAAGUUUAUCCUUUCCCUUCACUGCAAACCCCACAGCAGCAGCUGCUGCUGCAGCAGCAGCAGCAGCAGACUUUGCUGCUGCGGAGACAGCAGGGAGACAGAAGUCUGGCCCUUUCUGGGGGACGUCUACAUGGAGGGCAUAGAACUGUGCUUUGCAGCAACAGCAGCAGCAGCAGCAGCAGCAGAUGGUGCUGCUGCUGCUGCUGCCGAUGCCGACACUGCUGCUGCUGCUGCUGCUGCUGCUGUGUCGCGGCAGCAGCGGCGGCUGCGCAAAGUGGCGGAGGCGCUGCAGUGCCACAUGUGGCCGGGCCUGACUCGCUGCAGCGCAGAUCAAUCAAGCAGCAGCAGCAGCAGCAGCAGCAGCAGCAGCAGCAGCAGGACAAAGGAAGAGGAGCAGCAGCAGCAGCAGGAGCAGACGGCUGCCUCGCGCCCCAGGUCCGCUCAGCCGGACGCAGCCCCGUCCACAGCAGCAGCAGCAGCCGAAGCAGCAGCAGCAGCAGAGGAAGCAGCAGCAGCAGAGGAAGCAGCAGCAGCAGAGAUCGAGGCCUUCGAAGCUCUUGCUGCAGCAAUGCUGCAGCUGAAGCAGCAAGGGCCUUCUGUCUCCUCCCCAAAGAGACGCGAUAAGGCCCUGCUGCUGGCUAGCCAGCUAGCUGCUCUCACCAGGUGCGACGAUGACUAG